GGAAAACUAAAUCUGGACAAAAGGAUUAUUGCAAUAGCAAUGUUAAGCACACUUUAGGCAUUUCUCACCCCUGUGGUGUGCCCAUAACCCUCUCCAUAUGUCCAGCUUGGGCUUCUCAGUGACAAGAAGCCUCAGCAUCCUCUGAUGGGCCUCCCCAGGGGUUGUUUUCCCUGCACACUCAUUCAGUGCUGUGGAUUUCAGGGCACCAGAUCCUGUGCUGGGCUCUGCGGCACCUUGGAUCCUAAAAGGGAGGAUAGGGGUUGGGGCUGAAAAUAGCCAGGGCAGCUCAAAAAGAAUGAUAUUUGGAGAGAUUUAACUACCACUAUGAUUUUCGUCAUGUUUUCUUGUACAAUCUGCAUUUGGACAGCAAAGAGCAGCUUUUGCAGGGCUUGUGUGGGGACAGGGACCAUGAAAAGGGGUUUGGAGUGCCUGGAACUGGACUCACUCAUGCUCUUGCUGCAUCUGCAGGUGAUGAAACAGCAAAAGCUUUUUGUGGGAUCUCUUGGGGCUCAGAGAUGGGCUCACCCCGUGGAAUCAGAGAAUCCUUCGGGUUGGAGAAGUUCUCUGAGGUCACAGUGCCCACCCAUUCCCCCAGCACUGCCAAGGCCACCACUGACCCCUGUCCCCAGGUCCUUUAAAGCCCUCCAGGUAUGGGGACUCUGGCAUGGGAAAUGCCAGUGCAGGCUCUGCAGCACCAGUCCUUCAGUGGCUGCACAGCGAGACUCGGGCUGCUGGCUCUGCUGCCUGUGCCACCCUCACUGCCUGGUCUGGAGCAAAACCACCACAGAACCCUGCAGGUGCUGCAAGAGCUCUGUCUUAGGCCCCUCCACAGAGAACAUCGAGCUGCAGACGUCGGGCUCAGGAUUAAAUAUCAGAGAAGGGACAGGAGCCAUGUUCCAGGCCACGGGAGCAGCCAGCCCAUCCCCAGCUCAUGAGGCCAAGAACAGCUCAGGAGGCAGCACAGUGCAGCGCUCCAAGUCCUUCAGCCUGAAGGCGCAGGUGAAGGAGAUCUGCACCGCCUGCCAGAAAACCGUCUACCCCAUGGAGCGGCUGGUGGCCGAUAAAUUCAUCUUCCACAACUCCUGCUUCUGCUGCAAGCACUGCCACACCAAGCUCAGCCUGGGCAGCUACGCCGCGCUCCACGGCGAGUUCUACUGCAAGCCCCACUUCCAGCAGCUCUUCAAGAGCAAAGGCAACUACGACGAGGGCUUCGGGCGGCGGCAGCACAAGGAGCUGUGGGUGCACAAGGAGCUGGAGAGCGGCACCAAGUCGGCCUGAGCGGGAGCAGCUGAGCCGGGCCUGACUGAGCUGAGGGAAAGCAGGACCUGCGGGAGGGCAGAGGGGAGAGCCCCCUCUUUGGGGCAGCCCAGAGGGGCCCUGCAGGCCCAGGGACAGGGCAGAGGGGACCAGGGUGCAGCCCCCAGCCCCAAACCCUCUCUGCAGGCCCCUCUGCCACUGAGACCAGAGCAGAAGCCGCUGCCCCCCGUCAGCCUGGAAAAGAGAAAAGCCUCACCCAGGGCUUAUCCAGCCCCUGAGCCCCGCUUUGCUGGGGCUCUGCAGGAGGAGGGUCCUCGCUUUGCAUCAGCUCAGUUCAGCUGGGACGGCUCGGCUGCAGGAUGCUGCCCUGUUUGACAGUGUCUCUUUUUUAUAUUUGCCUUCUGGUACGUUCUGCGCCGGGGCCUGGCGGCAGCUGCACCCGCGCUCCUUUAUUUUUGUAAUACAAGGUUUG